UUUUUCGUCAGUGCUUAAGUGAGUCAACCCUUGAACCUUGAGGACACGCCUCAUUUCCAACAGGGACAGGAAGUGUGACAUCUAAGAGUGCCACCAGAAUCUGACGCCACCACAACGGACGGACGCGUGCACAAGACCCUGGCAAAAAUGACCUCCCAUUGUGACACACGGGCCGAAAAGCAGUUGGAGUGUCCCGUGUGCAAACAGGUGCUAACUGACCCGGUUACCACACCUUGUGGGCACAACUUCUGCCAAGCUUGCCUCCAGCACAUUUGGGACAACAGCAACGUGUGCCGCUGCCCCGCCUGUGACAAGGCAUUUGCCGACCGACCUGAAAUCAGCAUCAAUGCCGCCUUUAAGGAGCUGGCCGACACCUUCAGGAAAAUGACAUUCAUCGGCUCCUCCUCUUCAUCUUCGCUGUCAUGCACCGCUGAAGACGGUGAGGUGACUUGCGACGUGUGCGCUGUUGCCUCCCUGUGGGUGCCUGCGAUCAACUCCUGCUUGGUGUGUCUCACUUCGUACUGCCACGCUCAUCUGGAGCCCCACCGUAGGGUCGCCACAUUAAGUGUGCACAGGCUGAUGGCGCCGGCCGCCGACUUGCAGGAUCUUCUGUGCAAUAAACACAAUAAACUCCUGGAGAUGUUCUGUCGGGACGAGCAGCAAAGUGUGUGCCAGUUCUGCGCCGAGACUGAGCACAAGGGUCACCAGGUUGUUCAGAUCGAGGAGGAAGGCGAGAAAAGGAAGGUCCAGAUUAAGAAGUUGGAGGCAUAUUUUGAUCAGAUGACUCAGGAGCGACAGAACAAAGUGGAGGAAAUCCAGAAUAAUCUCAAACUGAGCAAAAUCAGCGCAGAAGAGGAGAAGACAAAGAACGAGCAACUCUUUGCAUUUCUGAUUGGCUUGGCCGAAGAUAAACGGGCAGAGGUCGCCAUCAAGAUCGAUGAGAGGCAGAGGGCAAACGAGCAAAGGGCUGACAUUCUCAUAGGGGAGCUUCAACAGGAGAUGGUUAAGCUCCAAGAGAAGAAUGCAGAGCUGGCAAAGCUGAUCGACUCAGCGGACUACCUGCACCUCCUCCAGAGGUUUGCCUCGCUGACAUCGCCUCCACCCACCAGAGAGUGGGCGGAGAUUAGUGUGCACCCUGAGAUCUGCUUGGGGACAGCGAGAUUCUCGCUGUCCCAGCUAGAAGCCGCAUUGAGCAGCGAGCUGCAGACGGUGAAAACAGAUGAGAUGAAGAGAAUGCAGAGUUACGCAGUGAACGUGGAGCUAGACCCGGACACCGCCCAUCCCAACAUUUAUCUGUCGGCUGAUGGCAAGCAGGUGGGCCGUGCCGAGCUGCUGCACGUCGUGCCCGACAAACCUCAGCGCUUUGAUCCAGUUAUCUGCGUUGUGGCCAAAAAAGGCUUCUUUUCUGGAAGGUUCUACUACCAGGUGGCUGUGGGAAACAAGACCUUUUGGGACAUGGGCGUGGUCAAAGAAUCGGUCAACAGGAAGGGCCAAAUCACCUCCAAGCCAGAGACCGGCUUUUGGACGGUGCGUCUGAGGGACGGGGUCGAGUACCGUGCUCUUGAUUCACCAUCAGUCCUUCUGACCCUUAAUUCGAAACCACAGACUGUCGGUGUGUUCACCGAUUAUGAAGAGGGGACUGUGUCUUUCUUCGACGUGGAUACUCGGUCUCACAUUUACACCUUUACUGGGUGUGUGUUCUUGGAGAGAGUUUUCCCAUUUUUUAGCCCAGGAAUUUGUGACGAUGGGAGGAACAUGGCGCCGCUGAUCAUCACGACGCUGGGUCACCAAAAAGAGGCUCUUUGACCAGGAACAAGUUUUUGAUCCACCAUUCACACCAUCCCCACAUCACUGAGUUAGUCUGAUUCAAAAUUGAAUUCCCUGCCUAAAACAUGGUGCCUUGACACAGAAGUGUACAGCAUACGCUUGCCAUGAUCCGUGGUCCGGAUCAUGUUUAGUUUAGUUAUGUUUGUUUUUUUGGACGCUUUUUAGUUCCUGGUUGUUCACUUCCUUGUUUUGUUUUGGUUGUCAUGGUCACUCAUUGUGUUCACCUGUCUCUGAUUAGUGCUCGACCGCUCACCUGCUUCCCGGGCACUAAUCAGAGGCAUUAUUUAAGUUGCCUUUGCCAGUCACUCGUUCUGCCUUCGUUGUCUUUAUGUCACACCGGUUUAUGUCUUGCUCUGACCAAGUAAGUUUCCCUGUCCAUGCCCUAGCUUCUGCUAAAGAUUAGCUUCACUUGUGUUUUAGGCAAGCUUGCAUUUUUUGUUGUUGUAUUGUUUAUGUUUGUGGUAGUGCGUGAUUUAUGUAAAUCCUAGCCUACCUUCACGUUGUCGUCCGGAGCCGUCUCUUGCGAUGGAAGAACAACCCCGCAGCGAGCUGCGACCCCCACGUGACAACGCUUAAGUGUAAUGACUUUGAACAUUGAAAUGUUCACCAAAGCAUCAAUGUCAAGACAUGGUGACUACACAGAAGCAUAAACAAAGCUUAACUCCUAAAGUUGUGUGCUAAAGUGUGUUUGUAAAAAUUGUUAGCCCUCUUUCAUACUUUGCAAAUAACCAAUCAAAAUGAAUGGCAAACACCAUAAUUCUAGUAUAAAAUCUGUGUGAAUUGUAAAUUGAUUGAAACUGAAAAAGAUGCUCAAACAGUCAUAAAUACACAACACAUUCCUUUGGUUUGUCACUCAAUAAAAAUGUGCAUAAAGAAAUGAAUUGUUAUGAUCCGCUGCCCAGAUCAUAUUUUUGUUUACGUUUUCAAGGUACUUGUGUUUUUUGUUAGUUUUGGACUCCUUGAGUGCCUGUUUUGUACACCUGAGUUUGUUGCCAUGGCUGCUUAUUAUUUUCACCUGCCGCGUGUGUUCCCGACGCGCACCUGUUUGUCAUCACUGACAUUAUUAUUUAAGCCUGCCUUCCCUGUCAUUCGGUCUUGCUUCCUAGUUUGCUUUUUGCAACAGUAGACGACUUUUGUUCUUGCUCUGUACCUGCUAGCUUCCACGCUAGGCUCUGUUACUCGCUAGCUCCCACGCUAGCCAUCCUUAGUUUUUACCUUAUGUGCUAUGAGCACCCUUUUCUUUGUUCCUUCUGAUUUAUUCCGUAAAUAAAUCAUUUCUUUUACCUUCACGCUGUGUCCCAAGU